AACCAUGAUAUCUUCAUCUCAGCAAUCUAAGCAGCCACAGAAGAGAAAGUCCUUUGCGACAGAGCCACGUCCAGAUUUAUUCUCUACGCCUGACGAGUAUUACGAUAUUGAGGAUAAGAUACUCAAUCGCACACGCACACUCUCGAUCUCGAGUGUCGAACCCAGACGCAGGCGGAAUCAAAUAGAAGGCGAGAAUGUCUCCAGAAAUCGUAGGCUCAGCCACGACGAGCCAUCAAAGAUCCCACGUAGAUUCUUGGUCAACGUAGAUGACACACUAGCCGUCGUUUUAGAACAGGAAGACACCGAUAGGAAUGCACAGAUAUCUAUCACAGAUGCAGGCCCUAAAUUGUUCUCCCUUGGUACUGCAUCCAGCAAUGGCUACAACGCAUUUGACAUCAGAGGCAACUACAUGCUUUCAAACCUCCUCCAAGAACUCGCUACCGCUAAAGAUCAAGGUCGCUCUCAGAUCCUCCUCGACGAAGCCAGAUUAGCGGAAGAUCCUCUUCAGCGUCUACACAGGAUGAUAAGGUUCACAUUUUGGAAGAAUCUCACACGCACAAUCGAUCGUAAGGGCUUAGAAAAGAUUAUUCUCGAUCCAAAGGACAGAUCAGAAGAGAAGAACCCCUUGAUUUAUGUUCCACAUGACACGCCUCAUAUCUACGACUACUAUGUCAAUGUAGCCAAGGAGAAGCCGGAAUUGAAUUUACGCGUGGAGAGACUACCAAAAUACCCAGACGAUCCUCAAUUUGUAAGAUCUAUAAGCACCAAACCUGGUUUACUCGCAUUGGAAAUGCGUGAGUCUGCCACUGAACCUGGUCAAUUAGAGGGUAUUCCAUUUGUUGUUCCUGGUGCUCGAUUCAAUGAGAUUUACAAUUGGGAUUCUUACUUCAUGGCAUUAGGUUUGAUUUCUGAUGACCUCAUCGAUCUUGCCCAGGGCAUUGUCGAUCAUUUCAUAUUCCAGAUCCGCCAUUACGGAAAGGUUUUAAACGGAAACAGAAGCUACUACUUGACGCGCUCACAGCCACCAUUUUUGACUGAUUUGGCUCUUCAAAUUUAUCGUAACCUCCCUGAAGAUACUGAAAAGGAGAACAAGGAAUGGCUUGCACGCGCAAUCAGAGCUGCUAUUAAGGAAUACCACAACUUGUGGAUGACUGAACCUAGACUUGACCGUGAAACUGGACUAUCGAGAUUUAGACCACCUGCAAUUGGAAUACCACCAGAGACUGAAGCGUCACAUUUCUUACAUGUCCUUGAACCAUUUGCAGAGAAGCACAAUAUGGGCGUCGACGAGUUCAUACAAAAGUACAACGAUCAGGAAGUCAUAGAUACAGAAUUGGACGAGUUCUUCAUGCAUGACAUAGCCAUUCGUGAAAGUGGACAUGACACAACAACACGUUUUGAGAACUGUUGCGCAGAUCUUGCUACUGUAGAUCUCAACACACUUCUCUACAAGUAUGAAGUCGACAUUGGAUUCGCAAUAAGAGAUUACUUUGACGACCAUUUGGAGCUCUUUGAUGAGUUCGAUAUCACUCCUUCACCUUUCACGGAGGAGGUUUCCGAGAAGAGGAAAUCGACUGAGACUGUACAACACAGUAAGGAAUGGUUCGAGAGAGCUAAAGGACGCAGGCACAGAUUAGACCAUUACUGCUGGAACGAACAGACAGGUUGUUAUUACGAUUACAACACUGCUAAGAAGGAGCAAACCACAUUCGAAUCUGUCACGAGUCUCUGGCCACUCUGGGCUGGUUGCGCUACUGAACACCAAGCGAAAAAACUGGUCGAAAAUGCUGUGCCGAAAUUCGAAGUAAUGGGUGGACUUGUCUCAUGUACUGAGGAAAGUCGUGGUCCAAUAACACCCGAAAACCCAGUAAAGCAAUGGGAUUUCCCUUACGCUUGGCCUCCACAUCAAGUACUGGCCUGGGUCGGUCUAGAGAGAUACAGUUAUAUGGAAAUAGCCCAGAGGUUGGCCUACAAAUGGAUAUAUCUCAUGACAAUUGCUUUCGUAGAUUUCAAUGGAACGGUUACCGAGAAGUUCGAUGCUGUGAAGCUGACGCACAUGGUGGAUGCGGAAUAUGGUAACCAGGGAAUUGAUUUCGCCUGCGUCCCUAGGGAGGGUUUCGGAUGGUCUAACGCAAGCUUCCAAGUCGGAUUGACGUUCUUGACAUCAAGCAUGAAGACUGCAUUAUCUGUAUGCACGACUCCUGAAGUAUACUUCAGUCGUCGCCAAGCGGAGGAUGACGAAACACUAUCUCGUGAGACACCUUCAAUACCACCCGCUCUUCUUGUCUCGAAAGGUGGCAUAGAAAGUUUACAGAAGCAACCUGAAAAAGAGAAGCAAACUGUCGAUGCGGACAAAGAAAUUCAAGGUCCACUCGCAGACAAGAGAAAAAGAAUGUCAAUUGAUAUCUCACAGGCGAUUAAGGGCCUCAAUUGAAAUGAUUAUAACGAUUUCUUUUACGACAUAAAAAGUAAUGAUACAUAACAAGUUUA